AUGCAUCGCCAUCAGCGCACAGAGCCGCCUCCUCCGAAGCGCAAAAUCCCCGAGGCCUUCGCCAUGCACACAGCUCGGCCGCUGCAUGCCGUCACCAAGCCAAGUCUCCCACUAGCCAUGCUCAAAAACAACUUCCGGACCACCGUCACACCACUGGACUUUGCCACGGGUAAGCCCCUCAACUCCGAUAGUCCAGUGCUCCUCGACCUCGCGAGCGUGGCCUACAUGCGAGACUUUGUAUCCCGGGGCAAGCCCUGGGCCAACGGCCUCGACGACUUCUUCUCCGACCCCCCAAAGGCCAGUGAGACUCGUGCGAUGGUUGGCUAUCGCGUUGCCACGGACUUCGCAGACACCUUGAGUGCUUGGGUCGAGAAUUGCGAAAGCCAGAAGGCCGAGGACUCACUACUCUUCAGCAGCCCAUGGAGAAUGUACAGCGACAGGGCUGCCACAAAGUGGCUGGGCGCCCAUGAUGGCGAUGAGUAUAUCUGGCGUUGCGGCACCGCCUUCCAUAGCCUGCAGCCAUUCAUCCCAGGUCAAGGAUGGCGUCCCUGCGACCCUAGAUUUCCGCAUGCCAUAUGCUACGCCAUCGACUCCACCCCCUUCGAUACCAAGAACGAGGUUAUCAGAACUAGUGAAUUCAAGACUAUUGUGUUCCUUGCCCUAGCGAACCAUAUUAAGGCUGAGUAUAACCACUUAGACUCGUUUGGUGUCACUGUUAUUUCUUUCUGGGACCAUGACGUGCGUAUUGUGCAAGGCCUUGUUAAUCUGAGGACGCGCAAUAUUGAUCUGCGCGUCUCACCCGUCCAGCAUUUUCCUCGCGGUAUUCGGCUUCAAGAUGGCUCCGUUGACCCGAGAUUCCUUACCCUUUUAUCUUAUAAUUGCGGCAAAGUCAACCCGCUGCCAAAGUAG